AUGCAAAUGUCGAAAAAGGGACCUAAUAUGUCGGGCAAUCCGGUUGACGACCGGCGCCGUCCUACGUCCGGGGUAGACGGUGGGAAAUUGGCUACCGGGCAUGUAGGUGUGGACCACUGGGCAAUACAUGCGAAUAAGGCGACCAGCGAUGACAGUAAACUCAACGGCCGAGCGGAGUCUCGCCUGGCGACCUGGAACGUUCGGGGACUGCUGCAGACGGGAAAACUGGAUAUACUGAAGAAAGAACUCGAAAGAAACAGGGUGAAGAUAGCAGGAAUCUCGGAGACACAUUGGCGCGGAAGAGGUCACUUUAGGAGCAACAACUUUGCAAUAUACUUCUCUGGACCCGAUGACGCAAGCCGCAACGGGGUGGCCUUUAUGGUGCACGGCACACUGGCUAGGGCGGUCCUCGGCUAUGAAACCGUCAGUGACCGUAUAAUAUCAAUACGCCUCAAGGCGAAACCGUGCACACUAAAUAUUAUCCAAGUCUAUGCACCCACCUCUGAGGCAGAUGAGGAAGACAUGGAUAACUUCUACAGCUCUCUACAAAGGAUUAUUGAGAAAAUACCCAAUAGAGAAGUCACCAUAAUCAUGGGAGACUGGAACGCUAAGGUGGGACGCACUGACGGCGAUAAUCACAUCCGCGAUGUGCUGGGGAGAUACGGCAUAGGAAUACGGAACGACAGAGGUUCCAGGCUCAUCCAGUUCUGUAUUGAUAACAACCUCGCGAUUGCAAAUACAAUGUUCAAACAGCACAUAAGGAAACAAUACACGUGGACGUCGCCGGAUAAUCGCACCAAGAACCAAAUUGAUUACAUUUUGAUCAAAAGUCGCUGGAAAUCGGCCGUUCUCUCAGCGAAGACACUACCUGGAGCGGACUGCGGUACGGAUCAUAGGCUGCUGACUUUCAAGUUUAGGACGAGGAUGAGGAGCUGCAGAAAAACAACAACCAAAAGCAAGUUACCACCAAUUACCGACAAACAAGCCUUCCAAAAUGGGCUAAAAAAGGAAAUAGAGCGAGACGACAUAGAAGAAUUGGACAAUCCUGAUGAUCUGUGGGAACGGCUCAAAACAGCGAUCAAAACAACAAUAACUGGCACGCAAAAACCAAAAGAGAGCCCAAGGAAACGCGAGUGGAUAUCUGACAGCACCUACAGGCUGAUAGAAGAAAGAAGGAAAUUGCUAGCCGCCGGCCUAAAUAGUACCGAAGCAGUGGAUAAAUAUAAAAAGAUAUCAUCUGACAUUCAAAAAAACUGUAGGAAGGACAAAAACAACCUAUUGAAUGGGAUUUGCGCAGACAUCCAACUCCAUGCAGACCGUCUUCAACCUGGGGAUGUAUUCCACAAAAUCAAACUAAUCACACGAAAAUUCAAACCACGCACGUGGACCAUCUAUGAUGAAAACGGUACAUCAAUCACGGAUAUCGGAGACAUAAUGGAGGUAUGGAGAAGGUACUGUGAGAGGCUGUAUAGAGAGGAAGAGGACGCAGUGACUGAUUGCCUAGAGAAAUAUGAACAGGAACCACAUAGUCUGCUGGAAGAGACGGAAAGAGCCAUACGAAAGCUUGCUAACAAUAAGGCCACCGGAGUAGAUUAG